AUGAUCAUCCCGGCGGCAUCAUGGUUGACUCGGCUGGUGAUUGAUUCCUGCCACCCGGACACUGCACGGAGGUGUGGUGUGCAACUGACUCUGCUUGCUCCGCCUGCGUUUGGGGUGCCCCGAGGAAGGACCACCGUCAAACAGCAGCUACACCGAUGCGUGACCUGCACUCGAUGGCGCGCCGCAACACCACAGCCUCCGAUGGGUAACCUUCCUCGGGACCGAGUAACGCCAACUCGACCGUUCCUCAGCACCGGUUUGGACUACGCGGGGACCAAUCCUCCUCCGGACCAGCAAGGGGCGUGGACACCGUGCGCACAAGGGAUACAUCGCCGUCUUCGUCUGCUUCUGGUCGAAGGCCAUUCACUUAGAACGACAGCCGAAGGUUCAAAGUGUCAUGUCAUCCUUGCCGCCACCGCUCAAGGAAUCCGCUGGCACUUCAACCCGCCAGCGGCCCCGCCUUUGGUGGUUUGUGGGAGGCCCGCCGUAAAGUCGACCAAGUUUCACCUCCGUCGGGUGAUCGGCGAGACCACCCUCACGUUCGAGGAGUUGAGCACACUCCUCGCCCAGAUCGAAGCUUGUCUGAAUUCACGUCCGUUACAGGCACUCUCAGAUGAUCCAGAGGACGUCUCGGCGCUGACCCCCGGUCACUUCCUCGUUGGGGCACCGCUCCUCGCCUUGCCGGAACCGUCAUUGACAGAGCAGACGGUGUCCACCUUGUCACGUUGGCGUCAUCUGCAGCGGAUGAGGGAUCACUUCUGGCAGCGAUGGUCAUCCGAAUACGUGCACGGACUCGCCCCACGCACCAAGUGGCUCAAGGAUGCACCUGCACCCCACGUCGGCGAUCUCUGUCUCGUGCGCUCCGAAUCACCCCUCCGAGCCGAUGGCCUCUCGCUCGCAUAUUGCGUUUGCACCCGGAGACGACGGAAUUACACGCGUCGUGACCAUCCGAACGGCCACGUCCGAGCUCGUGCGCCCACUCGUCAAGCUCGUGUUUUCUUCCGGGCGUGA